AUGGCCUCUAGUUCCAACCCAGACUCUGAUAGGCGUAACAAAGCUUUACAAGAUUACCGCCAAAAAUUAUUGGAACAUCGUGAAAUAGAAGCAAAAGUUAAAGAGUUUCGUCUCGGUCUUCGUGAUCUCGAAAAACAAUAUGAGAAAACCGAAGAAGACAUCAAAGCUCUGCAAAGUGUAGGCCAAAUCAUAGGGGAAGUGUUAAAACAAUUAGAUGAAGAACGAUUUAUCGUGAAAGCUUCUUCUGGUCCACGUUACGUGGUUGGUUGCCGGAAUAAAGUAAAUAAAGAAAAACUUAAACAGGGUACACGCGUAGCCUUAGAUAUGACAACCUUAACCAUUAUGCGUAUGUUGCCACGAGAAGUAGAUCCAUUGGUGUAUAAUAUGAGUUUAGAAGAUCCUGGAAAAAUAAAUUUUGCAGGGAUAGGUGGAUUAGGCGAGCAAAUACGUGAACUUCGAGAGGUCAUAGAAUUGCCAUUGAUGAAUCCGGAACUUUUUCAACGUGUGGGAAUUAAUCCACCAAAAGGUGUUCUUUUAUACGGUCCACCAGGUACUGGAAAAACAUUAUUAGCUCGUGCCGUGGCCAGUACCCUUGAAACGAAUUUUUUAAAGGUUGUUUCAAGUGCCAUUGUUGACAAAUAUAUUGGUGAAAGCGCAAGAUUAAUUAGAGAAAUGUUUGGCUAUGCCAAAGAUCAUGAACCUUGCAUUAUUUUCAUGGAUGAAAUUGAUGCAAUUGGUGGAAGAAGAUUUUCUGAAGGUACAAGUGCAGAUCGUGAAAUUCAAAGGACUCUUAUGGAGCUUUUAAAUCAAAUGGACGGUUUUGAUUAUCUUGGUCAAACGAAAUUGAUUAUGGCAACCAAUAGACCAGAUACUUUAGAUCCUGCUUUGUUACGACCUGGGCGAUUGGAUCGAAAAAUUGAGAUACCAUUACCCAAUGAGCAAGGACGUCUUGAGAUUUUGAAAAUUCAUUCUGCACCUAUAACUAAACACGGUGAAAUCGAUUAUGAAGCUAUUGUCAAAUUGUCAGAUGGAUUUAAUGGAGCUGAUUUGCGUAAUGUGUGCACGGAAGCAGGUAUGUUCGCUAUUCAUGAUGAAAGAGAUUAUGUUGUUCAAGAAGAUUUUAUGAAAGCAGCCAGAAAGGUUUCAGAGGCCAAGAAAUUAGAAUCAAAAUUAGAUUAUGAGAAGUUAUAA